AUGGUCAUUUUUGGCAGUCUUGAUGCGCUGUUUGAAAAGACCGGCCUUAAACCGAAGGAUAUCAGCAUUCUGGUGGUGAACUGCAGCAUUUUCUGCCCGACUCCGUCGCUGUCCGCGAUGGUGGUGAACAAGUACGGCAUGCGCAACGACAUCCAGUCGUACAACCUCGGCGGUAUGGGCUGCAGCGCGGGUCUUAUUGCCAUCAAGCUCGCUCAGGAUUUGCUCCAGGUGACCCCCAACACGUACGCAGUUGUCGUAUCUACCGAGAACAUCUCCCAGAAUAUCUACCUCGGCACACGCCGCUCCAUGCAAGUCUCCAACUGCCUCUUCCGCCUGGGAGGAGCCGCCAUGCUGCUCACCAACAAGAGCAGCGAGCGCCGCCGCGCCAAGUACGAGCUGAAGCACGUGGUGCGCACGCACAUGGGCCGGGACGACAAGAGCUACGGCUGUGUGUUCCAGGAGGAGGACGAUAACGGGGUGGUGGGCGUCGCUCUCUCCAAGGACCUCAUGAACGUGGCUGGGGAGUCGCUCCGCACCAACAUCACUACGCUGGGCCCGCUCGUCCUGCCGUUGUCCGAGCAGCUCUUAUUCGCCGCGGUUCUGAUCGCGCGCAAGGUCUUUGGCGUGAAGAUGAAGCCCUAUGUGCCGGACUUCAAGCUGGCAUUUGAGCAUUUCUGCAUCCAUGCCGGUGGACGGGCUGUUAUCGACGAGCUUGAGAAGAACCUUGAUCUUACCAACUACCAGACCGAGCCGUCCCGCAUGGCUCUUUACAGGUUCGGCAACACAUCCUCAUCGUCCAUCUGGUACGAGCUCUCCUACGCAGAAGCACAGGGUCGCGUCCGCCGUGGCGACCGCGUCUGGCAGAUCGCGUUUGGGUCCGGAUUCAAGUGCCAGAGUGCGGUGUGGCAGGCUCUUAGGAGGAUCGAUCCCAAGAAGAACAGAGGCGUGUGGGCAGAGUACUAUGACGAAGUGGGUGGCCCGGAGAUGUUUGCUGCAGCGCUCGCAGAUGCUCAAGCUCCUGUCAGGCCGAUUCCAGCUUCAUAG